AUGGCGCAGUUGGAAGUGCGUAAAGCCAAGCUCGAACAUUAUUGGUCCGAAUACAAUGGAGUGCAGGCGCGGUUAGAGGCAAAUGAUGAGGCGGAAGCGGAUGAUCGGGCCGUCUUUGAGGAGGCCUUUUAUGCGUUAUCGGCAAAAUUUCGUGAAUAUCUAUCACCUCCGCCGACACCAAUGGCCUCUACCUCUUCUCUGCCUUCGACUUUUCGCGAUUCUGAUCAUGGAGCGCGCGUGCGGCUGCCGAAGUUAAACUUACCGACAUUCUCCGGCAAAUACGAUGAAUGGUUCCCAUUUUUUGACACAUUCAAUUCGGUCAUCCAUUCCAACACCUCACUUUCGAACGCGCAACGUUUUCAAUAUUUGCGCGCGUCCCUAACCGGUGACGCGAGUGCCGUAAUUAGCUCGUUAGAAAUUUCGGACGCUAACUACGACGUGGCAUGGUCAAUUCUUCGGGACCGAUAUGACAACAAGCGUGUCAUCGUCCAAAAUCACGUCAAGGCAAUAAUCGAUUUGCCAUCCAUGUCAAGGGAGAAUUCGGUUGAUCUCAGAAAAAUCUCGGACGGAGCCGCGAAGCACUUGCACACCCUUCAGGCAUUGAAACGUCCCACGACACAUUGGGAUGACCUUCUCAUUCUCAUCCUAACCUCUAAGCUUGACCCAAUCACGUUGCGCGAGUGGGAGGUGUCGUUAACGGGCAACGAGCUGCCGUCGCUUAAGCAGCUGUUAGAUUUCGUCGCUCAUCGAUGUCAGGUACUUGAGGCUACCGCAAAGCUCUCCGGCACCGCUCUUACAAAAAGAGCAGAGUCGAAGUCGCAGCCGAACGCUAAGCGGUCUUCUUCGUGCGCGGCUACCGUCAAAUCUAAAUGCCAUUUUUGCCAGGGCGACCACGCCAUUUACUAUUGUAAAAACUUUGUCGCACUCCCGGUCUCUCAGAGGGCCGCGGAAAUUCGCAGUCGCAAGUUAUGCGCCAAUUGCUUGCGCUCCACCUCUCAUGCUUCAAAUAAAUGCACCUCUGGUCAAUGCAAGGUGUGCCAUUUAAAGCACAAUACGCUCCUUCACGCGUCCGCAGCUGCAGAGUCACCUGCCAGUGAUCCUGUCAAGGAAACCACGUCUAAGGUAGCCAAUUCUACCUCGGUAUUGGCAACCCACUCAGGGGGGGGACUCGGCGAUGAGUCCGUCAUGCUCUCAACUGCUGUAGUACACACGUACAAUAGUGAGGGGUCGUCUAGAUUGUGUCGAGUCUUGUUGGAUUGUGGAUCUCAAGCGAAUUUCGUAUCUAAGAGAUUAGUAGAGUCACUUGGUUUACCGACGCGCCCGCUAGACGUAACAAUUUCAGGCGUCAAUGGAACGGUAGCCAUAUCGAAUCGCAUAGUUCAAGUCAAGUUGCAAUUGCGAUUCAGCUCGUACAACGCGGUUAUCGACUGCAUCGUCGCGGAUCGGGUCACUGACAAAAUUCCAGCAUUCUCUUUAAGGCGAGACAAGUUUGAAUUUCCACGCAACAUUCGCCUCGCCGAUCCGCAAUUCCACGUCUCAUCGGAUAUUGAUCUUUUGAUCGGAGCAGAGAUCUUUUGGAGCCUCCUAUGCGUCGGUCAGGUUCAGUCUUCGGAUAGGCACCCCACGCUCCAAAAGACGCGUUUGGACUGGAUAUUGGCUGGACGUUUGGGUGUCUACACGCCGGUUAGCCCAAGGAUCCACUCAUGUCACGCAGCCAUUAGCAAUUCCGAGUUGCAUGAGCAAGUCAAUCGCGCUUGGGAAAUGGAUAACGUAUUCGCGCAAGGCAAUAACUACACAAUGGAGGAAAGCGCCUGCGAGCGUCACUUUCUAGACAAUGUAUCGCAGGAUCCUUCAGGUAAAUACACGGUCAGACUCCCGGUCAAGGGGCAGGUUUUAAGCAGCCUCGGCGAUUCGCGCGAGGUAGCCCUCAAGCGUUUGAAGGGUAUUGAAAAGCGCUUUAAGCGCAGCCUAGUCCUCAAGAUGCAAUACACGGCCUUUAUUGAUGAAUAUCUAUCAUUAGGGCACAUGCGACAGUUGGAUUCCCCCGCAGCCGAGGAAAUCAUAUGCUACUAUCUCCCCCAUCAUUGUGUAUUUAAAACAAGCGGGCAAGAAUCAAAAAUUCGAGUUGUUUUUGACGCUUCUUGCCGCAGCAGUUCCGGCAUAUCUUUAAAUGAUGCGCUCCUGGUUGGCCCAGUCGUGCAGCGAGAUUUGUGA